AUGCAUAUUCCUUCCAUGAUCAUCGUUGGCCUGGCCCCUUUGGCCUAUAGCUUCCCUCACUUUGCCAACUCUGGCGUUGGACACUCAAUCCGGCCGCCAGCGAUCAAGUCUGGAAACGGAACCGGACGUCUGACGCCAAAUCACUUCUUCUGGAAAGCUCCGGGACCUGGCGAUCAGCGUUCCCCAUGCCCGACGAUGAACACCCUCGCAAACCAUGGCUUCGUUCCCCACGACGGCCGAAACAUUACGCUCGACAAGCUCACAAAGGGGGUCAAGGAUGCAUUGAACGUGGCCGAAUCCCGGGCUCUCAACAUCUUUGAGACUGCUCUUGUAGUCAACCCCGUUCCCAACGCCACGGUAAGAGAAGCAUCUGCAUCGCUCCGAGAGGGCGGGCUGACCAAGGCCGCAACAGUUCUCGACCUCGAGAUGCUCCAUGUCCACAAUGUCAUCGAACAUGACGGCAGUCUCUCCCGCCGCGAUGCCGUCUUCGACCCCACCAACUCCUUUGACAAGGGGACCUUUGACAACUUUGUGAGCUAUUUUGGAGACGAGCAGGCCAUCAACACGUCAAUCAUGGCCAACGCUCGUGCCAGACAUGCCCUUGACAUGAGCGAGAUCAACCCAGGCUUCUCUAUCACCCAAGAACAGAUUCCGGUCAUCGUCGGCGAGAACGCCUUCAUGCUGGCCAUUUUUGGCCAUCCGGAAAACCCGGUAGCGAAUAGGUCAUUCAUGGAGUACUUCUUUAGGAACGAGCGGUUGCCAGUUGAGCUUGGCUGGACUCCGAGCGACACUCCGAUUGACACCACGCUGGGCCAGUUCGUGCAGGAUAUUAUUGCUCAGAGUCCUCCCGAUGUGCCCCUCACAUUUACCCCGCAGUCGUCUGUUUGA